CACAACAAUACAAGCGCAAUAGACAGUGCAGACAGUUUUCUGUAGAUAUCCGUUCGUUUUCCUUUUGCCAUUUUCUGACGUGCCAAAAAUUGACCCCCAAGAAUCGCAUCAAAGAUACCGGUGUAAACCAUCAUCAUCAUCAUCAUGGGCAUCCUGUCGACCAUAGCCCUCUUCCUUGUCUUACCUCCAAUCCUCUACAUCCUCAACUCUUUCUUGACCUCCGACCCGAACCGAUUCUUAUCUCGAUUCUUAUCUCGUUUGUAUUAUUGAUUUCAGAUACCGGUGUAAACCAUCAUCAUCAUCACCAUGGGCAUCCUGUCGACCAUAGCCUUCUUCCUUGUAUUACCUCCGGUCCUCUACAUCCUCAACUCUUUCCUGACCUCUGACCCCGAACCGAUCCUGGGCACAUACUCCCAGCGAGGGCGCUGGUUCGGUCUCAAGUACUGGAUCUUCUAUCUCAUGUUUCGGCUAAGAAAGAGACAGGGAGCGGCCAAGAAGGGGAAGACCUUAGAGAGCCAGCAGGGUGCCGUGGGGUAUGGCAUGGCACUCUUUGAAAAAGUGGAAGAUAUGGACAAAGCACAACCACUGCCGCCAGCUUACUUCUUCCCAAAGGCUGUAGAUGCCGUUUAUUUCAAUGGCUCAAACAAAGAUGGCGUGUACGUCGUCACGGCGAUUGCGAGACGUCAGAACCAGAUGGCGAAUGUCCUGACAUAUUUGGUCCUCCCCGGGAUUGGAGUACUCCAGCUACCCGACAAUCCAGGCACGUUGUUAGAGGACUGCGAUCCUGAUAAACACUCGGUCGGGGGGCUCUGCAUAGAGAGUGUUAAGCCAAUGAAGGAAUGGAAGAUAUCGUACCAUGGAAAAAUGAGACUUGUAGAUGCUAAAAAGCAAGACUGGACUAACGGAAAACUUUUGGAAGUCAACAUGGAGUUAAGGUGGACCGCUCUUACAACUUAUUUUGACUUUGACACCGAUUUGGAUGCCUCUCUCAUGGCCGAUACCAUUGCAAGGGAGAAAUGGUCAAAGCAGUUUUUUGAUGAGCUAAAACGGUCUCAUCAGACCCAUCAUGAACAGUUCGGAAAAAUGACAGGUGCAGUUGAGGUCGAAGGUCACGCCAAGCAGGAAAUCGUAGUAGUGGGCAUGAGAGAUCAUUCAUAUGGUAACUAUCGAGAUUGGAAUGAGAUUCACCGCUAUGCCAUUCACAUGUUACAUCUAGAAGAUGGUACCUGUAUACAUGCAGGCAAGAUCUGCUAUCCAGGAAGGCUGUCAUGUCUCACCACAGGGUAUGUGAUGCGGCCUGGAGAUUACAAGGUGACCUUGACACACAGUACCUUUGAUAUGGUUUCUACAGGGGAAGAUACGUGGAAGAUUCCAGACCAAUACAAAUUCAGCUUUGUCUGUGGUAGAGAGAGAUUUGACUGCGAGGUGAAGGUGAAGGUAGCACCGAUGUUUUACAUGGGCAAAGACAGAGAAGCUAAACUCUACGAAGGCUUCGUUGAUGUGAUCGUCAAUGGAAAGAAGGGCUGGGGUAUCGCUGAAUACUGCUACCAUAACCGGGAAAAGAAGACAUAACUGCUCCCUCCCCCUUGUCUGAGGUGCACCGAGUCCUCCUCACCUUUCACCACAGCCACCUAAGUCAAACCUGCCAGGCUUUUGGAUUUCAAUUGCGAUGGUGAUACUAUUUCUUUCACAACAAAUUUGCAGCCAUGAAUGCCAUUAUUGGUUGUACACAUACCAUUGAUUAGAUGGUACUGCAUUACGUGGGUGAUGCUAAUGCUAGCUAAUUUGUUUUUGUUUUCUGCCCAGGGGAGUGUUUCACAAAGACUAAGAUCGACUUUAAGUUGGACUUAACUACCGGUAUGGCAGGCGUUCAUGCCACUGUUUGCUCUCACCAUUUACUGGCAUUGAUCUCUCAAGGGACUUGCAAAUUGUGGUCACAAAUCUACAAAAUUUACCUUUUUUGAUAGUUCAUUAUUGAAGGAAAAGCAUAUCAUCUAAAGAUCAUAAUUGAGAGACCAAUGGUGAGAGCAACCAGUGGCAUGACUGGCCUGCCAUAGUUGAGUCUAACUUAAAGUGGAUCUUAGUCUUUGUGAAACACCCCCAGACAUUGUAACAUAUAACUGCCUACCAUUCCUGUUUAAAGGAAUGAUUCCUAUUGUUUGGUUUCAAAACUGAUGUUAUGAAUCCUAUAUUCCUCUCUUUUUCUGGUAACUUCUGUAGGAAAAGAUACAAAGCACACUAAGAUUCAAAGUUUUUUUUCUAAUGCAAAGCAUAAUACAAGAAUAAUUAUAUCACAACAAAUAUGCAAUGUA